GCCGGUCCGUGAAAGUAUUGUCGGACAUAAACCGCUUCGUGGCACAAAAACGGUUGGGGACCGCUGAUUUAACACAUCGGCAUACUGCAGAGUCAUGUGUUAAAUGAAGCACUCUCUGUGUCAAGAGUUUUAUAAUCAAAUUACUGGAAUUACUCGAUGAAUCGUUGCAGCCGUAGUUAGAGCAGUUGAUACGGGUUUGAUUCUGAGUCAAUGCAAAGCUGCUUUGCUGCUGUAGCGGAGAGGAAGAGCAGGUUGGUCAUUGUCCUUGGCUGCUCUACUCUUUAUGUAAAAAAUAUUUUUGGGCAAGAUACCGUACCUGAUGAGCCUGUGUGUGUGUGUGUGUGUGUGUGCAAUUGUUAGACAAGGUGUGCUUGAAAUAACUCCUCAGACUGAGCAGAAUGGUGCUUUAUACGCACCAGCAGUCACUUCAGUUUGCUUGUUGUUGUUGGUUUUGUGUUCGUACUAUACAAAAAAUCAUAUGUAUAUUCUCAUUAGCAUAUAUGAUUAGGAUAGGGGUUUGUGGUGGUGCGUGGAACUGUAGCCUCAAGUUUAUAUUGUUAUCAUGUUAUGUGACAGUGUGUUUAAGUUCAUGUUACAGAGUUAAGCAAAAGUAACAGGUAAGGCACCAAAUUAGUUUCUCUGGAGAGUAAAUAAGCAACACACUGCAUUGCUUUUAAGGAAAGUAACAAGUAAUGUUUAACGCUUUAAACUUUUUGAGUAACGACCACAACAUUCUGAUAACUUUGCCCUCUGACCUCUUUAAAUGUGGGCACGUCUGGGUCCAACAAGCCCACAUUAACAAAAAUGUAGUAAACAAUCACACUAAUAAUACAACAGCAAUCCAACAAAGUCACUGGACUCAGUUAAAAUCAUCCACACUGUCACAAAAAUAGCGAGUAAAUUCAUUCAGUGUUUCCUCGCUCAGCUCUCUCUCUCCAUGUGGUUACUAAGGUCUCUCCAUCUCUCUCUCUGUUACCGGCAGGCAGCCAAUCAUCUGCAGGGUCUCGCGCCUCCUGUUUUCGCCUCACCUCGCCUCAGUGCCAAUCAGACCGUUCACACUGCGCACACGCCACGGCACGUCGCCACGGGCGCCGCUGACAACAGGAGACACGGCGGAGGGCACAAGCCACCACACACACAGACACACACACACACACACACACCUCCCCUCCCUGUUACUGAACAUCAGCGUUGUGUGUACCCCCUGCCACCACCCUCCCUCGCUCCCUUCACUCUGUCGCGAGAACGACGCACGUAUCCGUUCAUAACCUCCGCCAUUAUUCAUCACCCCCUACCCCCACCCCCUCCCUCACCCCGUCCUUCUCCUUUCUUCCCAUGGUGCCGUUUUUUUCCUUUCCUCGAGCUCGUCUCUUUUUCCCACCCCUGCAGGGUCUCCACAGAGCUGCUUCCUCCUCGCCUCACCCGGGCUAAUUUAACGCCUCUCUCUCUCUCUCUCUCUGUGUCUCUCUCUCCCUGCCUCGCACUCGCUUGUGCCAAGCCCAGAGCAAAACGUGGUGACCACGCAGAACUAACUAGCUUCCUGUGCAACAAAGCCCACCUGAGUGUGUGUGAGUGAGCGUGUGUGCGUGCACUUAUAUGUAUAUGUGUGCGUGAGGUCAUGUCGGGCAUGACUAGUGGCGUGUGUGUGGAGAGUGACCUCUCCUCGAUGCUCCAGAGAAGCUCAGCCCCCUCGCACCAUCACCCGAAUCACCAUGGCUACAGCGGACAGGGACAGGUGUCAGGCCUGGCUCCCAUGCUGGACUACACCACAGAGAUGGAUCGUUACCGCUCCUCCAUCGCCAGCUUCUACAAGACCAACGUCAACAUGAACAUGAACGUUACAAACUUCCCUCAGUCAGCCAAACUGGCUGCCCGCUUGGCUGCGGCCGCCCCCAUCUUCCCUCCCACCGCUGCCAGGCUUGGGGCUAUGGCGACGACGCCCUGGGGUUGCCACGACAACAUGAACAUGAACAUGAACCACCCGGCGGCAAUGUUCUGGGGCCGACCUAAACCCGUGGCGGCCACGCCGACGCACCACCCCCACCACCAUCAUCACCCCUCUGCAACGCCGGGUCACAUGACCUCCUCGCACCCCCACAGUACCAGCAUGCAUCAGAGCAGCAGCAGUGGGUCGGGAGGGGGAGGAGGUGGUGGGAGCAGUGACGGUGGAGGGGCUGAAAAACACGGACACACUGCCUCACUUCCUGUUUCACAGGGAACGGCACACCAUCACGCCAUGGCAUCAAGCAACGGGAACUUCCUUCCUGGAUACAGUGGCGGAACAGACUGCGGCGUCAUGAACAAGCAGGGACACACCCACGCGGACAUGAUGGGCCUAUCAGAGGGUGGCAGCUGCAACGGGGGAGGGGUUAUGGGUGGCAGCUUCCUGGGGGGGCUGGGACUACCUCCCGGGGUCAUUGUUAUGGCAAUGGGGUCAGCAGGGGGCGGGAUCUCAGACGCUAGCAGCGCCUUUCAGAUGACAGGCGGCCAGCGGGCACUAACGGACUGCCAGCAGCAUGCCAACUCCUCCCCCUGCCCCUCCUCCUCCUCGCCCUCAUCAUCGGGCGUGACAGCGGCGGGCGUUUCCCUGUCGUCAUCAUCAUCUUCAUCAUCCGGGACGGUGGCUAAAAGAAAGAGGAAGCGGUGUGGCGUGUGCGGGCCGUGCAGGCGGCUCAUCAACUGUGGCGUCUGCUCAUCGUGCCGCAACAGGAAGACGGGUCACCAGAUCUGCAAGUUCAGGAAGUGCGAGGAGCUGAAGAAGAAGCCGGGGGGAGGAGGGGGGGUGCUGGAGCGGCCUCCCUCUGUCCCAGCCAGUGAGGCAUUUCGUUGGUUCUUCUAGCCUUCCCUCCGCCAACAGAGCCAAAAUCUGGAGGCCUAGCAGGAAGUCACCAUCAUAUGGACUGCAAAAUCAGCAAAAGGACUACAACCUCUAGAACUGAAAUCGAUUCUCUGCGACAGGAUUACAAUUUCAUACUGUGUGGAUGACAGUUUGAGACUACAAAUCCCACCUCAGCUGGAACAGGGAGCAGCUAGACAGAAGGAGAGGAAGAGGGGGCAGUUUGGUCAUAGGCAACCGGACUUGGCCAAUUGAUGUGGUGAUGCCAUAAUUGCAUGUUUUUCGCAAGAUUGUGUAAAGGUAAAUUUAUAAAUCAAUUCUUAAAAAGGCGCACACAGAAUGUCCAGACUGUAGCAAGCUAACUGGCUAGAAGAGAUACUAGUCUGUAUUUGUACUGGCUAAACAAACUUGUUCCAGACCUCUAAAUUGUCUAUCACUUCUCCUGUUUGCUUUUCUUAACAAACAGUUCAGGCCUUGACUAUUGAAAGGAUAGGCUGCUAAGUAGCCACAUAAAAAUAAUCUAUAAAUUCUGUAGCUCUAAUCUAUUACAUAAAGAUUUCGAAAAGCUCAGGUUGAUCCAUUGCAAGCUUGACUGGAUGAACAUCGAAACAUUCUCUUACGGUUUACUCAUAGAGUUGCAAUCAAUUCAAAGACUAGUGCUGGUCAGUCAAGCUGCCACUAUGACUGUAGCUAGGGUGUUCUUAAAAUGACAUGAAAUUGUAUCAAAACUACAUCUUUGAGGGUAUAAGAAGUCUAACAUCUACUGGUGAAAAUGCAAGAGUAUUGCCCUGUACCUCUACUGUUAGCCGUUCUUUUGUGUCAGAUCUAAUCCACUUUUUUUGGACUGAUUUUUAGACUUUCUUUCAUAGGGUCUCAGCCUUAUAGGUAGGGUAAGGAUCUUGGAUGCUUCUCUUUUGCAUCAAAAGCAGCCAGCUGUGGUGGUUUGAGCAUCUAAUCAGAGAUUCCCUCUGAGUACCGUCCUUUGGAAGUUUCCAGUACAAUCCAAGCUUGAAGGAGCCAUGCAGAUUGUAGAUCCCAUUUCAGCCAAGAGAAAAUUGGGAACUCCCACGGGUAACUGAAAAAUGUUGCAGACAUUGGGAGAAUAAUACCCUGCAUAGUUUGCUAUCAAUGCAACCUGACCCCGAAAAACAGAAAAUAGAUGCAUGGCAUCAAAGAUCAAUAAGCCAACAGCAGAGAGUGUGUUCUGUACCUGCUUUCAACAGUAAAUGUUAGAUUUGGGAAGUUGGGCUUCUUUGUAAGCUUGACCAGAUGUUUUGGCCAGAUGUUCUGGUCAUGUGAUUGCUCUGGCAAAGGCGGGUGGUGUUAUCAAUAAGGUAGAUUAUCCGUUUCAGAUCCCAGUAUGGACCUCAACAUGAAGUUGACCUUAGCCUCGUGUAGCUCAUGUAGCUUUGAUUUAAAAAUGUCUGAAAAUAAAAGAAAAAAAGGAGGGGACAAGGCAAUCAAAGCAGUGUUUUUGUAAGUUCCAGAACAGUCUUGACAAUCUCAUUCGCAUAAACAUGUAUUAAUUACAUAGAAAUCCUUUUAAGUGCCAACAUUGUGACCGUUUUAUCUAUUUCCUCUAAUGUGUUAUGUAGCUUUUCUGUAAAGGUCGAUCAAGUCCCAAAGUCCCAAAUCCACACCAAAGGAAGGUAGUCUCUCCCAGAAGAAGAAAAGCCCAGUUUGUAGCCUAGGAUUUCCUGUUGUUACUUAUAGACAUCAUUCUGAAAUACCAAUAUAUGCCAGUUUGGUCCUGUUAAACUAAUGACAAUGGAUUACUCUCACUGUAAUCCCCCUGAUAGUAGGAAAAUCAUGUAGCUAACAUUACCUCACCUCUGACUGACCACCCACAGGAAAGAGCUAUCUGGGAAUAAUAAUCUUCGGUAAAUAUAAGAAAUUAUACAAACUUUAGUACCAAAUGUAAACCAGUAAACAGAUUUCAUGAAAUUCAGCAAUCUUGCUGACAAACAUAUUUUGCUAAGAGAAAAGUAUUAUGUUAAUAGUAACAUUAUUGCAAGAACACUUUGUGUACUGUGCAAUGUUGCAACUUUUUUUUCUUUUUCCAUAACACUUAUAUUACCAGGAAGUAAAACUCUUGAGAUCAAACAUCUCUUUCUGGCUUCCUGGCUUUUUGUGAGAGUGUCCUUAUCCUAAACAGGGAGCAUAAGUCUAGCCUGGUUUUCAGUUAUGGCAAUUAUGAUAAAACCAUAGUUCUCAGACAAAAGCUGUUCAAACAUGGGGAGAACAUGCAACAGUGCUUACCACUGAAGCAUCGUGCUGACGUGCUUUUACAGAAGACUGUUCUUGUUCUGGGUCAAGGUCCAAGCUCCUUAAUCUGGAUUUCUUUUAUGAAUAACAUAACUUUAAGGUAUAUAAGCAGUGUUCACAUAAACAUCCAAGACAUUACCAGUGAAAAGCUGAUUGUCUGAAAGUUCAAAGUAAAUAGAAAAAAUAACUAUACCUGAUUAAAUUGGCUACUCUUCCUUUCAGGGUGUUCAAAUUCAUGUGCAGCCCAACAUGGCUUAGGUUGCAUAGUGGAAGUCCUCCUCUAACCCCUCAGGACCCUGCCUCAGGAUGUUAGAGCAUAACUCUGCAUUGACAGCCUGACCCCUGAGAGUGAACUCAGGGUGCACAACACACAGUUUGUCAUAAUAUCAACUAGCAUGGUAGUAGAACUCCUGAUCUGACCUUUGAGCUUCAAUUCUUCCACAUUCUUCUUUCUCACAGUUGCACUUUUUGAUUUUAGUACAUAAAGAAUAAUUUUGGUCAGCUGUAGUCUUGCCGUCUUGAGAUGCCCGAUAAUGUCAACAGAAGCCGUAUAUAUGGUAUAUAGUUUGUGAUCAUGGCACAGAUUAUGUAUCUUUGUGUACAGCCUUCACAAUCUGUGAUAAAACUGUCACCUGCUUCCUCUUCUUCUUCCUCCUCCUAGCAAACCACAAACCCCAUUGUAGCCAAACCAGGAAGAUUCAGGACUUAACCACAGAAACAAUUACAGUCUGACCAAAACCGGAUGACACGUUAACCUCAAAGGGAAAAAAAAUCACCACAGAGAGGAUACAAACUGACCUCAGCAGGACGUGAUUCAGGACUGUUAUUAAGGACUACAACUUCACCACAGUAGGACUACCACAUCACUGUUAUCUGUCUCUUCUGUCUACCUCCUCCUCAAGAACAUUAAAGGCACCUUGACUGAUUCUUAUUGGGCUCUGUUCAUGUUGGUACGACAUGAUCUGCUUCUUAACUCUCUAGAUGGUCCGGAGCUGAUCUGUCUCUUGUGGAAUCUGGUGUUUAGAUUUUGUAUUUGCAAGUGUACUCUGCUGUCUAAAUGAGUCGUGAAAUGUCUGAAUUUAUUUUAUUUGUCUAGAUUUAAUGGAAAGUUCUCAGGGUGCAGUCACACUUCUGGUUUAUAUGAACUACAGUAGACUGAACACAAAACUCACUUUGUUGCAUUUUUUUUACAUAUGAUUAAAAGGUGGCAGUUGAA